CCAGUGCUGAACCCGGGUGCGGCCCGGCCCGCGGGGCACAGACCCGAGUCUGCAGCACCCAGCGGAGCCGGACCGAGCUUCUGGGAGUGCUGACGCAGAGGGCGGGGAGAACGGGAAGCAGCGGGCUAGUAACCGGGCAUGGACCCGCAGAGACUCGACUCCUACCAGGGGGGAGCUGGCCCUGACUUCAAUGAGCACGUCCUGCAUAAGACCAUCCUGGUGGGCGACAGUGGCGUGGGGAAGACAUCUCUGCUGGUUCAGUUUGACCAGGGCAAGUUCAUCCCCGGCUCCUUCUCUGCCACCGUGGGCAUCGGAUUCACAGUGAUGCUUCUGGGAGACUCGGGCGUCGGCAAAACCUGUUUCCUGAUACAAUUCAAAGAUGGGGCCUUCCUGUCCGGGACCUUCAUAGCCACCGUCGGCAUAGACUUCAGGAACAAGGUGGUGACCGUGGAUGGUGUGAGGGUGAAGCUUCAGAUCUGGGACACAGCAGGACAGGAGCGGUUCCGCAGCGUCACCCACGCUUAUUACCGAGACGCCCAGGCCUUGCUCCUGCUGUACGACAUCACCAACAAGUCUUCCUUCGACAACAUCCGGGCCUGGCUCACUGAGAUCCAUGAGUAUGCCCAGAGGGAUGUGGUGAUCAUGCUGCUAGGCAACAAGGCGGAUGUGAACAAUGAACGAGUGAUCCGUUCGGAGGAUGGAGAGACACUGGCCAGGGAGUAUGGAGUUCCCUUCAUGGAGACCAGUGCCAAGACAGGCAUGAAUGUGGAGUUAGCCUUUCUGGCCAUUGCCAAGGAGCUGAAACACAGAGCCAGGCAGCAGGCCGAUGAACCCAGCUUCCAGAUCCGAGACUAUGUGGAGUCCCAGAAGAAGCGGCCUGGCUGCUGCUCCUUCUUGUGACUCCCAAGGGGCUGAGAGGAGGCUCCAGAGGCCCACGAGGAUGCAGCCUUCUCCCCCAGACCUGGCUUACUCUGAGCAGCUAAGCCAGUGGGGAGAGAACUGGGGGACCCAGUGCACAGGCCUUCCUUCCCAAGAGGGAGCUGUACUCCUGCCCUACCUACUUCCUGGACAUCCCUGCAUCUCCAGGGAGGGUAAAAUAUUUAUAUUUCAUUUUAAUGAUACACAAUUUAAUACAAAAAAAAGGCACCAGAAAGCCCAGGUAAGGACCUGGUGGCCCUUUUGCCUUCUAGUGCUAGGACUGAGGGGUCGGGGCCUACCUCCUAGCCACAAUGAGGGCAGUAUUGCUCAGCUCAGCACCAGGGGACACUGAUGCA